CAUGGCUGCUGCCACUCUGAGCAUGCAGCGUGCAUUAGGGAAAGGUAUCACCCCAUCUUUGGUGGUUAUUUUAGGAGCGACUGGAACUGGCAAGUCCAAACUGGCAAUCGAAAUUGGGAAAAGACUUCAGGGGGAAAUUAUAAGCGUCGAUUCCAUGCAGGUAUACAAAGGGCUGGAUAUCAUCACCAACAAGGUUACCGAGGAGGAACAAGCCCAGUGUUGCCAUCACAUGAUCAGCUUUGUGGAUCCAUUGGUUAGUGGAUACACAGUGGUGGACUUCAGGAACAAAGCUCUUUCUCUCAUAGAUGACAUGCAUCAGAGAAAAAAGCUGCCCAUUAUUGUUGGAGGCACAAACUACUACAUUGAGUCCAUUUUAUGGAAAGUGCUCAUUGACACUGGGCAAGGGAGUGACACUGAGUCAGAAAGGGGCGGGGCACCUGAAUCAAAGAUGGCACUUGAGAAACUGGGUGGUCCUGAACUUCACAGAAGGCUGUUAGAGGUGGACCCUGAUAUGGCAGCCAUAUUGCACCCUCAUGAUGCACGCAAGAUUGCAAGGAGUCUGCAAGUGUAUCAAGACACUGGAUUUCCACACAGUCGACUUUUAGAGGAGCAGCGAGGGCAGGAUGGUGGAGAUUGUCUUGGUGGUCCUUUGCGGUUCCAGGAUCCCUGCAUCUUCUGGCUGCACUCCAACAUGGAUGCUCUGGAUGAGAGGUUGGACAAGCGUGUGGAUGAGAUGUUGUCUCUUGGGCUGAUUGAUGAACUCAAGGAUUUUCAUCUGCGCUUCAAUGAGCAGAAGAUCAAAGACAGCAGUCAGGACUAUCAGCAUGGCAUAUUUCAGUCUAUUGGCUUUAAAGAGUUUCACGAGUACUUGACAGCAAGCGAGAACAUCAGUCAUGAAGAACGUGAGAAACUGAGGAUCAAAGGGAUUGAGUCCCUCAAGCAGGUGACCCGCCGCUACGCCCGAAAACAGAACAAAUGGGUCCGCAACAGAUUCCUCAAGAGACCUGCUAGCAAUGUGCCUCCUGUCUACGGUCUGGAUGUGACGGCCGUGACCAAUUGGGAGACUACUGUACUCACUCCUGCCCUGGAUAUACUGGACUGCCUGCAAAAGGGAGAGCAGCCAUCUGUGCAACCAAUCAGAGCACUGGGGGUGGGGCCUCGCAACAAGCGGAGUCAUCACAUGUGUGAAUUGUGCGAUAAGGUGAUCAUCGGUGACUUGGAAUGGACAGCACAUCAAAAGUCCAAAAACCAUCUUUACCAAGUCCGCAAGAGGAGAAAAGCCGAGCAGGCCACAGAUCAAUCCCAGGAUGUUAAUCCUAGCAAACAUGAAAAUGUCAGUGACAGGCAGGUACCAGUCCUCUAGCCCCGCCUGCUCUACUGUGGCUUAUGGGGUCAAACUCGCUGAUGGACCAGAGAAAAGUGCUCCGUUAUGGAUCAUGAUGUAUUUUUAAGAUCAAUAGUAAUCUUUCUCGUGUCUGUGAUGGACAUAAGAUAGCAGCAGUGAUACCUCAACUGUCCCUAUGGAGUAGCUGUGUAAACCGCAGGGUUUGUGAUUGGGCAACUUGAUUUGUUGGUUAUCCCCAUCUGCCACAGACCGAGAUUUAUGGAUCGUUUCUGGAUUCUGAUUCUUGAGCUGAACAGAUGUCAUCCCGCUGCUGUUUUGUCUAUUUGGUGCACUUUUUAACCACAUCUAACCAUGUCUGGUGCUUUUUUGAUCUUCAAAGUGAGCUAUGCUCUCCCCUUAGGCUUUUUCUGAGAGGACUACAUCACUGUUGUUGGAAUACUGGGUCACAUAUUUCUCUGCUGAUCAGGACUGGAAUGAGUUUGUUAGAUCAGACAGGAUUUUAUUUGGUUUUAUUUUGAAACCUUAAACUUUUAUAAUCUGUUGAUUAGCCUUUUGGGUUUGCAUGUGACUGAACAUUUAAGCUAUUGUGGACUUUCUCUCGCCUGGAUUCUAAGUGCCUUUAAUUUUGUUCUGAAGACAACAAAUCAAAACAUUCUUCUUCAGUUUCAAGUCUCGAUUGCAUUUGCUUUUGAUUCGAAGGCUUUUAUAGCAAGAGUGUUGCAUAAUGUCUAUCAAUACAAAAAUGAUGUAAAUGUAAUUUGCAAAUAAACUUU